CCGGCCCCGCCCACCGACCUCACUUCCGCCUCGCGGCAAGAUGGCGGCGCCCGGACCCCGCCACGCAGACUUCCGCCUGGUGCUGAGACCCAGGGCCAGCUGUGUGUCGCGCCGGAGCUGAAGUCGGAACGCACGCGGUGUGGAGCCGCAGCUUGGGCAACAUGUCUGAAGGAAACGCCGCGGGCGAGCCCAGCGCUCCGGGGGGGCCCCGACCCCUCCUCUCUGGGGCCCGGGGGCUAAUCGGGCGGCGGCCGGCUCCUCCCCUCACCCCGGGCCGACUUCCCUCCAUUCGCUCCAGGGACCUCACCCUCGGGGGAGUCAAGAAGAAAACCUUCACCCCAAAUAUCAUCAGUCGGAAGAUCAAGGAAGAGCCCAAGGAAGAAGUAACCAUCAAGAAGGAGAAGCGUGACAGAGAGAGAGACCGACAGCGAGAGGGGCAUGGACGGGGCCGGGGUCGCCCAGAAGUGAUCCAGUCCCACUCCAUCUUUGAGCAGGGCCCAGCCGAAAUGAUGAAGAAAAAGGGGAACUGGGAUAAGACAGUGGAUCUGUCGGACAUGGGGCCCUCUCAUAUCAUCAACAUCAAAAAAGAGAAGAGGGAGACGGAUGAAGAAACAAAACAUAUCCUGCGCAUGCUGGAGAAGGAUGAUUUCAUUGAUGACCCCGGGCUGAAGAAUGACACCCGAAACAUGCCUGUGCAGCUGCCGCUGGCUCACUCAGGGUGGCUGUUUAAAGAAGAGAACGAAGAACCAGAUGUUAAGCCUUGGCUGGCUGGCCCCAAGGAAGAGGACAUGGAGGUGGAUGUGCCUGUUGUGAAAGUGAAAGAGGAGCCACGAGAUGAGGAGGAGGACGCCAAGAUGAAGGCUCCUCCCAGAGCAGCCAGAAAGACCCCCGGCCUCCCGAAGGACGUGUCUGUGGCAGAGCUGCUCAGGGAGCUGAGCCUCACGCAGGAGGAAGAGCUUCUGUUCCUCCAGCUGCCAGACACGCUCCCUGGCCAGCCACCGACUCAGGACAUCAAGCCUAUCAAGACAGAGGUGCAGAACGAGGAUGGACAGAUGGUGGUUAUGAAGCAGGAGAAAGACCGGGAAGCCAGGCUGGCAGAGAACACUUGCACCCUGGCUGACCUGACAGAGGGUCAGGUUGGAAAGCUGCUCAUCCGCAAGUCGGGAAAGGUGCAGCUCCUCCUGGGCAAGGUGACUCUGGACGUGACAAUGGGAACUGCCUGCUCUUUCCUGCAGGAGCUGGUGUCUGUGGGCCUUGGAGACAGUAGGACAGGAGAGAUGACAGUCCUGGGACACAUAAAGCACAAACUUGUAUGUUCUCCCGAUUUUGAAUCCCUCUUGGAUCACAAACACCGGUAAAAUGAGCAGAUGGAAGAUGGUGGUGACUGUGCCCACGGCUGCUGCUUGCCCCAGACGUUUUGUUCUAAAAUCUGUGCGACCCAGAAGGGGCCUGUUAGCCCACCCACUCCAGCCUUUGGCAGCCAUUGUCCCACUUUUCCCCACAGGGCCCACGUGGCUCCCUCCCACAGCAGCUGACCUUCCCACAGCAUAGAUAAUGCAGGUCCUUGCUGCUGGGGGACUCGUCCCUUCUAUUUAUUUUUUAUGUCUCAUCUCUUCAACUGACUGCAUCUUCCCCAGGUGGAGAGGGGAAGGCCCAUGGAAAAGUACAGGUUCCGAUUCAUGGUGACUGUCUUGGUUCUCACGGUGGGAGGCGUAAGGACCGUCACAGCUUCUCUCUCUCUCCCUCCUCCCUGAGAUGAGUGUCUGAGCAGAGAAUUUUUGUGUCUGAGGCUCGGCACUCAGUCCCAGCUCUGUCAGUAACUAGUUGUGUGACCUUGGACAAACUACCUAACCUUUCUGAGCCUCUUGUUCCUUAUUUGAUAGAAAUGAGGACAAUACCUACCUCACAAGGUUGGUGUGAGGAUUAAAUGGAACAUUAUAGAUGAAAUCUCCUUGCACAAGGCCAGACAUACAAAGUAGGCGCUCAAUAAAUGUUAGUUUCCCUUCCC